GGGCAGUGACCCCUCACCUCUGAGAACAGUGUAUCUGGAUACCUACUGACAGCCUCUGCCACUCAGCCUUCAGUAGUGCAAUGUCAGGGCAGCACACUCCCUCUGCUGGGGGUCCUUUCUCAGCGCUCACCCCCAGCAUUUGGCCACAGGAGAUCCUGGCAAAGUAUGCACAGAAAGAAGAAUCCAUCGAGCAGCAGGAGUUCCACUAUGAUGAAUUUGGUUUCCGAGUUGAUAAAGAAGACAGUGGUGAGCCAAACUGCAGCAAGCUUCUGGGGAUCCCACUGACAGAAGAGCCCCAGCAGAGGCUCAAGUGGCAAGCUCACCUGGAGUUCACACACAACCAUGACGUGGGUGACCUCACGUGGGACAAAAUUGAGGUCACCCUACCGCAUUCAGACAAGCUGCGCUCGCUGGUGUUGGCUGGCAUCCCACACAGCAUGAGGCCACAGCUAUGGAUGCGUCUGUCUGGGGCCUUGCAGAAGAAGAGAAAUUCAGAGAUGUCGUAUCGGGAUAUUGUGAAAAACAGCUCCAAUGAUGAAACCAUUGCUGCCAAACAGAUUGAGAAAGACUUGCUCCGCACGAUGCCCAGCAACGCCUGCUUCUCCAACAUGAACAGCAUCGGGGUGCCACGUCUGCGCAGGAUACUCCGGGGACUUGCCUGGCUCUAUCCAGAGAUAGGAUAUUGCCAAGGCACUGGCAUGGUAGCAGCCUCCCUGCUGCUCUUCUUGGAGGAAGAAGAUGCCUUCUGGAUGAUGUGUGCUAUCAUUGAGGAGCUGGUGCCUGCCUCCUACUUCAGCACCACCCUGAUGGGGGUGCAGACAGAUCAGCGUGUCCUGCGACAGCUCAUUGUGCAGUACUUGCCCCGUCUGGACAAGCUGCUGCAGGAGCACGACAUCGAGCUGUCCCUCAUCACCUUGCACUGGUUCCUCACCUCUUUCGCUAGUGUUGUCCACAUCAAGCUGCUGCUGCGUAUCUGGGACCUGUUCUUCUACCAGGGCUCCCUGGUGCUGUUCCAGCUCACACUGGGCAUGCUCAGUAUGAAGGAGGAUGAGCUAAUCCAGUCUGAGAAUUCUGCCUCAAUCUUCAACACCCUCUCAGACAUCCCGAGCCAGAUCCAAGAUGCAGACGUGCUGCUGCGGGAGGCCAUGCGCGUGGCCGGCUCCCUGACUGAUGUCGCGGUGGAGACCCAGCGCCGCAAGCACUUGGCCUACCUCAUUGCUGACCAGGGGCAGCUGCUCAACUCCAGCUCCACCGUCAACAGUUUAUCCAAGGUUGUGCGGCGCAGAACUCAGCGCAGGAAAUCUGGCAUCACCUCUCUGCUUUUUGGGGAUGACGACCUGGAGGCGCUGAAAGCCAAGAACAUCAAGCAGACGGAGCUGGUGGCCGACCUGCGGGAGGCCAUCCUGCAGGUGGCACGGCACUUCCAGUGCGUGGAUCCCAAGAACUGCAGCAUUGAUCUGACUCCGGAUUACAGCAUGGAAAGCCACCAGCGGGACCACGAGAACUACGUGGCCUGUUCGCGCAAUCGGCGGCGGCGAGCGAAGGCGCUGCUGGACUUUGAGCGGCACGACGACGACGAGCUGGGCUUCCGCAAGAACGACAUCAUCACGAUCAUCUCCCAGAAGGAUGAGCACUGUUGGGUGGGAGAGCUGAAUGGACUGAGAGGCUGGUUUCCUGCAAAGUUUGUUGAGAUCUUGGAUGAGCGGAGCAAAGAAUACUCCAUCGCUGGCGACGACACCGUCACGGAAGGGGUUACGGACUUGGUGCGGGGAACGCUCUGCCCAGCCUUGAAGUCCAUCUUUGAACAUGGACUGAAGAAGCCAUCUCUGCUAGGGGGGCCCUGCCACCCCUGGCUGUUCAUUGAGGAGGCUGCAAGUCGGGAAGUGGAACGGGACUUUGAUUCAGUGUAUUCCCGCCUCGUGCUCUGCAAGACUUACAGGCUCGAUGAAGAUGGCAAAGUCCUCACACCAGAGGAGCUCCUUUACCGGGCAGUUCAGGCUGUGAACAUGACGCACGAUGCUGCACAUGCACAGAUGGACGUGAAGCUUCGUUCCCUUAUUUGCAUCGGACUAAAUGAGCAAGUGCUGCAUUUGUGGCUGGAGGUGCUUUGCUCGAGCCUGCAGACUGUGGAGAAGUGGUUCCAUCCCUGGUCCUUCCUGCGCAGUCCUGGUUGGGUGCAGAUCAAGUGUGAGCUGAGGGUGCUCUGCAAGUUCGCCUUCAGCCUCUCCCAGGACUGGGAGCUGCCCAUAAAGAGGGAGGAGAAGGAGAAGAAGCCUCUGAAGGAAGGAGUGCAGGACAUGCUGGUGAAGCACCAUCUCUUCAGCUGGGACAUAGAUGGGUGACCCGCACCCCACCCUCCCCUGGGGACCCUUCUCAAAGGCACACA